CCGACCGAAGGGACUGCACUGCUGCUAAAGCAGUGUAUCCCACAACCGAGCAGGAGCUCUUGGCAGCAGUUGCAGAGGGGGUGAAGAACGGGCAGAAGAUGAGAGUGGUGAGUAAAUACAGUCACAGCAUUCCGAAACUCGUUUGUCCUGGUGGUAAUGGUGCGGGACUGCUGAUCAGCACUAGGGAUUACAAUAAGAACAUCGUUGUGGAUACAAAUGCUCGGACUGCAACUGUCGAUGCCGGUGUUCUAAUCAAGGAUAUCUUCGACUAUGUCUCCAGCUACGGUCUGGCAUUCCCUCAUUCCCCGUACUGGGACGGUCUAUCGAUAUCAGGCGUGUUGGGGACAGGAGCACAUGGCAGCUCGACCUGGGGCAAAGGUAGUUGUGUGUACGAGUAUGUGAUAGCGAUGACGAUGGUUGUUCCUGCUUCUGCGGAAGAAGGUUAUGCGAAGGUGAUCAAUUUAGUUUCGGGAGUCGCGGAUGGGGAUCUGAAUGCAGCUAAAGUUUCUCUAGGCGUGCUGGGGGUCAUAUCAAGAGUCACGCUGCAGCUUGAGCCCCAAUUUAAGCGAAAGGUUUCGAAAGUGCGAACCUCCGAUUCUGAUCUGGAGACCCAAAUCAUAGUGAACGCAAAUGAAAACGAGUUCGGCGAUAUUACUUGGUUUCCUUCACUGAAGAUAGCCAUUUACAGGCAGGACAACCGAGUACCUGUUUCGACGAAGGGUCUCGGAACGAACAACUUCACUGGCUUUCAGCAUCAGUUAGCAAUUAUACGAGCAACGACAAGAGUCCUCGAGGAGGAAGACGAAGCAGAUGGUGAUGCCAGACAUAAGUGCGAAACGAGCGAAGUCCAGCUGAACAUACUGUGCCUGAUCGGCGAGGGCUGGACGAACAACGGCUUCCUCUUCAGGGGAUACCCGAUCGUGGGCUACCAAAAUUCCAUCCAAACCAGCGGCACGUGCAACAUUCCGAUUGCCAGAAACUUUGCCUGUGCAUGGGACCCGAGCGCCAAAGGGGAAUUCUUUUUCCAGACUACGUUCUCCGUAUCGUUCGCAGACAUCGGCUCCUUCAUCAAGGAUGUGAAAGCCCUGGUGGCCCUCAAUCCUGACAGCCUCUGCACACUGGGAUUGUACAACGGCAUACUCAUACGCUACAUGAAGAAAUCGAGCGGAGCUUAUUUAGGAGAGAUCGCAGAUUCCGUCGAUCUGGACUUCACAUACUACAGAAGCUACGACGCGACGAAGCCUCGACUUUAUGAGGACACAAUGGAGGAAAUCGAGCAGAUGAUGAUAUUCAAGUACAACGGCAAGCCUCACUGGGGCAAGAAUCGGCCCGUGGCUUUCGUCAACUCGGCAACCUUGUACCCGGACCUGCCCAAAUUUCUCCAAGUCAAAGACCGACUCGACCCGCAAGGCCUGUUCUCCAACGAGUGGACCGACAUGGUGCUGAAUGUGGGAGGCGCCGCCGCCCGUCUUCAGACUUUCGGCCCGCACUGCGCUCUCGAGGGCCUGUGCAUUUGCACGGACGACAGUCACUGCGCCCCCGAGGCUGGUUACUUCUGCCGUCCCGGCCUUGUUUGGAAGGACGCUCGAGUCUGCCGAUUAUCCAAGAGCGGUGUGACAAGCUGAAUCUGAAGGCUGCUCUUCAUCUCACUAGAAAAUAAGUUCCGACCUCAGAGAAAGUGUCUCCGUUGUACUCGAAUGUAGACGACCUGCGAGGGAGAGAGAGGGAGAGGCAUGAUGCAGCAAAAGAAGAUUUCAGCCAGCAGCGGAAGCCUGCAUCCUGCGCCAGAUUCAAUUUUGUAAAUUUAUAUGUUUCAAGGGUGACUCCCUCUUGUUCCUCUCGAGCAAAUUGCAGCCGCUUCUACACGUUCUUUGGAUUACAAUGGAAAAUUGUGCUCAUCUGAGCGACUUUCUUCUUGUGCGGGCAGAGAUUUGACAAUCGUGACGAUUCUGGGGAACGAUGUUCCUUCCACUGUAAGGUAUGGAUCGCACGCCGAACAAAUGCGGCUAGAAUGAACAACCAUUCUUUCGAACUGGCGGUUUCUCUUGUCAUGGGGAUCCACAUGCCCCUGCUUGGCACUUGUCGUUAUUCCUCAUGGACGAUGAGCUCAUUUGGCCCGGUCCAGAAAUCAUCGUUUACCGUGUAAACACAUGGAGAACAUCCAAAACCGAUGAGCCUCCUCAAAUCACCAUCCAUUUGGUGGUAACUUGAGGAAUAUGUACCUCAGUGUCUCAUUGGCUAGCUUUGAUUGGCUGUAACUAGAUCGGUUGCACCGGUUGGAGGUUGGAAUCCGGAUGAUGCAAUCGUUUCUUCAUGACUCUGAAUUUAUUUCCAGAAAUGAUUUUGCACUCACCAUCAAUUUGAAGCGGGAAGUUUCCAAAAAAAUUACCCCCUCGACUAUGUAAAGCUCAAUGUGAGCAAUAAAUGAAUGUGAUUUUUCAGCAUUCAAGAGCAAACUCAGCUAAUACCAUUGCCACGAACAUCAUUAGUAAAGAUUCGG